AUGGUUGAAUUUUUUGGUUUUAAGCACAUUUCUGCCGGUGAUUGCCUCCGCGAGGAGAUGUCUAACCCCGACUCGCCGAACCGGGAGCUAAUCCGCAGCUACAUCGACGCUGGCAAGGUGAUUCCCGUUGGAGUCACUAUCGAGCUGCUGCUGAAGAAGAUGGAGUCGUUCGGCUGGGGUGAGCACGUCAUCGUAUUGGACGGUUUCCCGCGCAACGCCGACAACGCGCAGGGCUGGGCCGAGCGCAUGAGCUCGUGCACCCAGCUGGAGCACAUGAUAGUUUUAAACUGCUCUAUAGACGUCUGCAAGACACGCAUUCUCGGCCGGGCCAACGAAUGCGAACGCACCGACAACGCUACCGCGGCCAUACACAACCGCAUGAAGGUCUUCUUCGACGACACGGUUCCCAUCAUGCACUGCCUGAUGAUGGCGGGCAAGUGCACGUCAGUGGACGCAUCCGGCACGAAGGACGAAGUGUGGAAGGGGGUCACCGACGUCCUUGGGAAGUUGGGUUACCAACCUAUAAGCAACGGCGCGUGA